AUGUCUUUCUUGCAGAUCAGCUCCAAUGUACAGAAAAUGAAGCAGCUGGAGUCUUCAGCCCUGGUCAGAACAACAAACAAGAUUCAAAAUGAGCUCAGACAGGGAGUGGUAAAGCCCUAUAAGGAGGUUAUAAAUGUGUGCUGGGGUGACCCUCACAUGGCAGGUGUGAAGCCUCUAUCAUUUGUCAGACAGGUUCUUGCAGCGUGUCUUUACCCUCAGCUUUUGGAGGGUGACAAACUGCUGGUGGAUGUCAAACAGAGGGCUCAGAGGCUGCUGAAGACAUGUGUUGGAGGGAGUGUAGGUUCAUACACUUCCACUGCAGGUAUUCCAGAGAUAGCUCAGAGAGUGUCUGAGUUCAUACAGAAACGAGACGGUGGUGUUCCAUCUUACCCUGAAAACAUAUACAUCAGCCCCGGCUCCCAGUGGUCGCUCGCGAAAAUUCUGAACAUCUUGGUGAAUCCUGAGGCUUCACCCAGAACCGGAGUACUGACUCCAGUGCCAUGCCACAUCACCACUGUUUUGUCCAUAACGGGGAUGGGGGCGGUUGCCAUUCCUUACCACCUGAAUGAGGAGCAAGGCUGGACCCUGCAGGUGGAGGAGCUACAGCGAGCUCUGGAGGCUGCAAAGGGACUCUGUAACCCUGUUGCUUUGUAUGUUAUCAACCCAGGAAACCCAGCGGGUCACGUUCAGAGCAGAAAGUCAAUGGAAGAAGUGAUCCACUUCGUUUCAGAGAAGAAACUCUUUCUUCUUGCUGAUGAGGUGUAUCAGGACUGUGUUUAUGGGGAAAACGUUGAGUUUUUCUCCUAUAAAAGGGUUCUGGCUGAGUUGGGGCCUCCUCUGUCAGACACUGUGGAACUGGCAUCCUUCCACUCAGCAUCCAAAGGCUUCAUGGGGGAGUGUGGUCUACGUGCUGGUUAUGUUGAGCUUGUAAAUGUCGACCCUGCUGUUAUGAAACACAUCUACACGUUUUUCUCCACCGAUUCCUGCGCGCCCGUGUUGGGUCAGAUCGCCCUGGAGGUGAUGGUGAACCCUCCACAGCCAGGAGACCCCUCAUAUCUGAUUUAUAACAAGGAGACGCAGCACAUUAAGACCACCUUGAAGCAAAAUGCAAGGAGAAUCUUCGAGGUUAUAAAUAACUUGCAGGAUUUCAGCUGCCAACCAGUGGAAGGAGCGUUUGCAUUCCCCAGAAUUUAUCUUCCACCUAAAGCCAUCCAGAGAGCCAAGGAAGCGGGAAUGCAACCAGACACUUAUUACUGUACGAGACUACUGGAGGAGGCAGGAGUGUUGCUUAGUCCUGGUUGUGAGUUUGGACAAAAAGAGGGCACAUAUCACAUCAGAUUAUUCAUCAUGACCCCUCAGGACAUCAUGGUGGAAUUACUGAAACGUUUGAGCACCUUUCAUGUAAAGUUUAUUAAGGAGUUUUCUUAA